UCGGUAACUGGGAUGGCGGCGUUUGUUUUGGAGAAUGACAUGACAGUGGUCUGAUAUUUUUGAUGGGAUGAAAUUGUUUAUCUUCUGAUUAUGUAGAAGUGGAUUUUGACAAAGAGCAGUCACACCACAGGACACCAUAAAAUGAACAGAAACUGCGUGACAGAAACAUUGCAAUAUGAAGACAUAUUAAGAGGUUAAUGGUCACCUUAAGCUUCCACAGCACUCCCCAAUAACUGAGUCAUCAUCAUAAUGCCUUACCUGAGCUCAGAGGAGACUGUGAAGGACCUGAAGAGGGCUCUCUCCAACCCCAACAUCCAGUCCGACCGCCUCCGCUACAGAAACUAUAUCUUACGCGUCAUCAGGUCGAUGACACAGGGACUGGAUGUGUCCGCUCUCUUCAUGGACAUGGUGAAGGCCAGCGCCACAGUGGACAUCGUCCAGAAGAAGCUGGUCUACCUGUACAUGUGCACCUAUGCCAGCCUCAAGCCCGACCUGGCUCUCUUAGCCAUCAACACGCUGCGCAAGGACUGUGCCGACCCAAACCCCAUGGUGCGAGGCCUCGCCCUCAGAAACAUGUGCAACUUUAGGAUGCCAGGAAUGACUGAGUACAUCCACCAGCCAAUCCUGACGGGGCUGAAGGACAAAGCUUGCUACGUGAGGAGGGUAGCUGUGCUCGGCUGCGCUAAGAUGCACAGUCUACAGCCCAAUGCUGAAAUUGACGCCACUAUUGUGAAUGAGCUGUACGGGCUGUUGCGGGAUCCAGACCCGGUGGUGAUGGUGAACUGCCUGCGGGCGCUGGAGGAGAUCCUGAGGGACGAGGGAGGCGUGGUCAUCAACAAACCCAUCGCCCACCACCUCCUCAACAGACUGAAGGAGCUGGACAGCUGGGCCCAGAGCGAGGUGCUGACCUUCCUGCUGCGCUACAAGCCCCGCAGCGAGGACGAGCUCUUCGACAUCCUCAGCCUAUUGGACGGCCUGCUGCACAGCACCCACGCCCCCGUCAUGGCCGCCACGCUCCGCCUCUUCCUUCAGCUGGCCGCCGCCCACCCGGCCGUGCAGGCGGACGCCCUGGAGCAGGCGCGAGGCCCUCUGCUGGCCACCUGUGGGUCGCAGUCACGGGAGAUGCGCUUCGCCGGCCUGUGCCACGUACAGCAGGUGCUUAGGAGCCAGCCGACCCAGUUCGGCGUGCACUUCAAACGCUUCUUCUGCGGCUACUCGGAGCCGGCGUACAUCAAGCACCGCAAGAUGGAGAUUCUGGUGGAGCUGGUGAACGACGAGAACGUGGGGCUGGUGCUGGAGGAGCUGAGGGGAUACUGCACCGAUGUCUCCCCAGACCUCGCACAGGCUGCCAUCGCAGCCAUAGGGCGCAUUGGGAGAACCUACAGUGAGAAGUGCCUGGACAUCCUUACCGGACUCCUAGGCCUGAAGCAGGAGCACAUCACCUCUGCUGUGAUGCAGUCUUUCAGAGACCUGGUGUGGUUGUGUCCCCAGAGUACGACUGCAGUGUGCCGGGCCGUGGAGGGCUGUGAGGAGAGCCCACAGGACACAGAGGGGAAGCAGGCUUUGCUGUGGCUGCUGGGGAUGCACGGGGAGCAGAUCAGCAGUGCUCCCUACCUGCUGGAGAGCCACAUCGACGGCCUGAAGGCCGAGACAUCCUCCUUGGUCAAGCUGGAGCUCCUGACUGCCUCCGUACGUCUGUUUCUGCAGCGGCCCGCGGAGAUGCAGGACAUGCUGGGUCGGCUGUUGCACUACUGCAUAGAGGAGGAGAGUGACAUGAAUGUCCGCGACCGCGCCCUCUUCUGCUACCGGCUGUUGGCGUGUGGGGUGGAGGAGACUCGGCGGGUCUUUCAGGGUCCAAAGUCAGACCCGUGCAUGGGGGUCCUCACGGGCCGGCCCCAGGAGCCAAUCAACAGCUGGGCCUCGACUUUCAACAGCCUGGCGCCGCUUUGUGGUGACGCCGAAGACCUCGCCUCUCAAGCGCUGUCAUGUUACGCUGCUGCUGCUUCAUCUGACCAGCUUGGCAAGCCAAGCUCCCAAGGAGAUGUCUUAGCUGAAGCUGUGGAAGAACCUUUAUCCAUCCCAGAGAUGGGGCACCACCAGCCUCAGGGCCUCACCCUGGGCCCCCCGCUAUCUCAUGAGGCCUUUGAGAUCCACUGGCUGCAACUGGGUGUGGCCCACAGGGAGGCCGUCAGCGCCCAGGGCCCACCGUCCUCUCCAGAGACCCUGCAAGCCGCCUUGCAGCUGGUCAAGAUCCAGACGUUGGCCUUCAGCAGAGAGAACAUCACACCUUGGAAAGCCUACCUUUACAGCCAUGGCUCCGGAACCCCGAUCCUAGCAGAGCUGCUGCAGGAGGGGUCUGUGGGGACCACUGGCGACGGUGGCAGUGGCAGCCUGGUGGUGACCCUGAAACAGUUGCCUAAAAAUGACUCUGUCAUCCAGGAGUUUGUCUCCGUGCUGAAGACCGUGCUGCGGACUCUAAGUGCAGAGCAGCUGUCCUGAUCAGGUGACAGGACGAAUGCACAGGGAAGGCACUAUGUGUGUCGAGAUGUCAAGAAACAUCAGGAGAUGCACUACUUAACAGGGCUGUGGGACAUUAUAUGACCAUGGUAUACACGUAUUAUGUAUAUGUAGAAAGAUACAUACUGUACAAACAGGUCAAAAAAGCAUACAUACUUUCCAUUAAUUGUACAAUAAAAGUUAAUUCAAUACAAUGAACUAAAUUUCUCGUUCAGAGCUCAUUAGAGUACAAUAUGUGACAACUGGAGUUAACAAAUGAGUAUGG